AUGUGGCCAGGGGCUUUCCUGGUGAACACAGCACGUGGUGGCCUCGUGGAUGAUGAUGCCUUGGUUACAGCACUAAAGCAAGGUCGCAUACGUGCUGCAGCACUUGAUGUUCAUGAGAAUGAACCAUAUGAUGUAUUCCAAGGUCCACUGAAAGACGCGCCGAACUUGCUGUGUACACCUCAUGCAGCGUUCUACUCGGAUGCGUUGUGCACAGAACUGCGCGAGAUGGCAGCCAGUGAAAUAAGGCGGGCUAUCGUUGGACGUAUUCCUGACUGCCUAUGCAAUUGUGUGAAUAAAGAAUACUUUCUGGGAGGGACAGCUGCCGCUGCCGCAGGUUACGCAGAUGGCAUGAAUGGUGGUUAUUACACUGGAGCACUGCCUGUGCAGCAGGCACACUCAACAACACCACACGACCAGGUGCCACACUCAGUAGCAGCUGGUGCUGGUGGCGGCGCGGCAGGUGCAGGAGCAGGCGCUGUCCCUGGCCUUCCUCACAGUAUACCUCUGAAUACACCAGACCCACCUAACCACCAUUCGCAGAAGCCAGAGCCGUCAGAAGUGCAUUAA